UGACAUUAUUUAGAGAUAUCACUUGACGUCUUGUCAAAUAAAAUUGGCUAUAGCAGAAAUUUGUUUGUUAAUUACUAGGAAUUCUCAUUUUUAUGGUUUUUAUUAGAAAUUAAUUCAAUGGCAUCACGAAUCCAGUCAACAGCACGUCAACUAUCUAAAACCUUCAAGAAAAAAAGUAGGUUUGAUAUUGGUAUUGCUUCGGAAUUGCCAACUGCUUACAAGAAAUUCUGGCACGAAUGGAAAGUCUUAAAGCCCGUUGCUGUCCACUACAUCCCUCAAGAAGGGAAAUGGAAACGUGAUGACCUAACUGGAGAGAUAUUACCUAUACAGAACAUCCCGAUACCAUUGAAGUAUCCGAAUGAGAUUCACGAAGGAAUAUGGGGUGGAGAAGCUGUUGUGAAAGGCUUUCAGAAACGCGACCCGCGACGACGCAGAGUACCCCACUACUGGGUGCCUGUGAUAAAGAGGACUGUAGUCAAGUCUGAGGUGCUGAAUACCCACCUUUCGGUCACAGUCACCGACCGUACCAUUAGUUUGAUCAAUGAUCAUUAUGGUUUUGAUCACUAUUUAUUGAAGACACCAGCAUGUGACCUAGUAUCCAUGUUAGCUUUGAAGUUAAAGAAACAAAUACUAACGGAGUUGAUGAAUGGAUGCCCUCGGUAUGCACAUGAUCCUGAGAGGCAGAAAGCUGUUUAUGAGGAGUAUAAAACUUAUUUGUCAUCCUACACUCCAGAAGAAAUAGAAUGGUAUGGACUGUCAUGGUAUGAAGCCCUGUGUAAGCUAGCCAAACAGAAGGAGGCGGCUAAUAGGCCUGUCCCUUUAAAAAAUAUGUACAGAAAAAAUCUAGUAGAGAAGUUAAAAGCAGCAGGAAUAGAAGCAGCAAAGACACCUGAUGAACUGUCAAACACAACAUCAUGGCUUUCAAAGAUGAAUCCGUUUGGUAAAAAAGAUGAAGCUUAGCUACUCUUUGACUUGAUGUGAAAAUCAUUAAAAUUGUUGUUUUAGCAAAAUGUAACAUUUCUAGUAGAUGUGUUUAUUGCCAGAGAUAGUUUUAUUUAGAAUAAAUAGGUGUUACAAUUAAA